AUGUCGUUUGAAUUGAAGCAACAUCCAAAUCGCGAGCUCACUGGCGGCGACCUCCUCGCCCAGACUUUAAAGCGCAUCGGCACUGAAGUCGCAUUCGGUGUACAUGGCGGUCAUCUCGAUGCUUUCCUUGUCGGAUGCGAGCAUUCAGGUGUAAGGCUUGUUGAUACAAGGCACGAGACCGUAGCUGUACAAGCGGCGGAGGGAUAUGCCAAAGUUUCGGGGAAGUUGGGGGUGUGUUUUGUGACGGCAAACAGCGGAUUCGGUAACGGUCUUCCUGGACUGGCCACCGCGUUUGCGGACAGAAGCCCUAUCUUCUGUGUCACCUCGAGCCCGCCUCUUCGGGAUCUGGAGAACAACUCGCUCCAGGCCUUCCUCGAUCAGGUUGUGGUAGCUAAACCUAUCACUAAGUUUGCACAUCGAGUUACGCAUGGUGAAGAGAUUCCGAGGCUGGUCAAUCAUGCAGUGAGAAUUGCUCUCGGUGGCGCGCCCGGCCCGGUCCUCAUAGAUUUCCCCAUUGAUGUGCUCUUCACUCCGAUCCAAGCUAAACUCAUUUCCUGGGGCGCAAUCACCUCUCAGCCUGUGUUUAAGCCGGGUCCCAGCACCGCAGCCGUUCAAGAAGCUGUUAAAUUGCUCAAGACUUCUCAACGACCGGUGAUCAUCACUGGCACAGGCGUUGGAUCGUCUGAGGUCUCGGAGAAACUCCUGGUUCUUGCUUCGGAAGCGAACAUCCCUAUCUUCCAGUCUCCAAAAUUCUCCCCCCUUCCAGCAAGCCACCCCAAUGUGGCCGGUCUAGCUGUCCUCCUCCCUCUCGCGUCCCCAAAGCCAGACCUCGUCGUCCUCCUAGGCUGUCGGACUGGCAUGUUCCUCGGUUUGCGAAGCGGAGCAAUCAUCCCAGACUCGGCGAAGAUCAUCCACGUCGACAUCGAUGGCACCGAGCCUGGUCGAACGCUACCCACCGCACUCUCAAUUACAUCUUCCUCAUGUGAAUUUCUCUCCGCACUGCAGCCCGCCCUUCAUGCCGAGUCCUACCGUGCUCCUGACGCUUGGCUUCGAACUGCUACGAGUCUCCAAAAGAUACCGUCCCCGCACGAAGACGAGCCAGACUACCCAACUCCUUCUCGUAUGCACCCACACAAGGCCCUCUCAACCCUCUUCCGCUCCUUACCCCCGGACUCUAUCAUCAUCAGCGACGGCGGCGAAGCCGGCGCCUGGUCUUUUGGCCUCCAGCACCUUGCAAAACCCUCACUGCACAUGAUUCCGACCGGCUAUCUCGGCUUCCUAGGUAACGGAUUCGGAUACUCCCUCGGUGCGGCCAUCGCGAAGCCUGGUUGCUUGGUCAUCAAUGUGCAAGGCGAUGGAAGCGCGGGGUUCCACUUCAUGGAAUUGGAUACGUACGCCCGAUCCGGUGUCCGUGUAUGCACAGUUGUGGUGAAUAAUUCUGUGUGGGGCAUGAGUGCGCAUGGGCAGGAACUUGUGUAUGGUGAGAAAGACGCGGCGAGGCCGGCAAGUGCGCUGAAAGAUGUGAAGUGGGCUAUGGUCGCAGAGGGACUUGGAGUCCGGAGUAUCAGAGUUGAGAAGCUGGACGAUGUGGAGGCGAUGACAAGGGAGGUACUCGGUGGCGAGGGACCGAGCUGUGUAGACUUGCGGGUGAGCUCGAGGCCAAUUCAUCCUGGGACGACGGCGAUGGUGGGAAUGACUGAUGAUCCCAAUAUGGUAGUUGUUCCUUAUUACGAUAAUGUGCCUAGGGCGACGUAUAAGUAG